AUGAUAAGAUCAACAUCGUACCACAAAUUGAACAGAAAGUCAUCUUCGUUAGCAAUACAUCCUAAAAACAAGGGACGAAAAAAGGAUGUAUUAGAAAAGUUCAUAGAAUCUCCACAACCUCUCCUUGGAUCAAGUUUAUCUCAGUUGCGACAUAGCAUUCUUUGCGAGGGACUUCCAGAUCCAUGCCCAUAUAGGGCUUACAUUUGGUGUAUUCUUCUCCGUGCUUCACCAAUAGAGAGCGAAUGGUACAGUGGUGUUGUUGCACGCGGUGAGGUAAAUACUGAAAGCAUGGGUGUAGACUCAAAGUUUGCCCAUAUAAGUGAAAAGAUAAGGAAUGAUGUUUUCAGAACUUUCCAAAACAACAAGAAAUUCUGGUCCAAAACUUCAGAAGAUGAAUUCAUACGAGUAUUGAAUGCAUUUGCAUGGUGUGUUAUUGAGAAUGAUGAGAUAAACGAGCUUUCGAAUGUGAAAAAUUCCCGUUUGUCUCCGUAUGUGCAAGGGAUGAAUGUUUUAGCAGGGCCUUUCCUGUAUGUGUGUCGAAGCGAGCCGCAAUCUUUUACACUUUUCUACAACUUGCUCAUAGUGCAAAUGCCACGAUAUGUAACGCCAACACUAAUUGGUGCCAUGGAUGGCGUCAGGCUUGUUGAGUUGGUUCUUAAUUCUGUCGAUAAGAAACUCUCCGAAUUUUUGAAGAAAAGCAUGUCAAGUGCUAAGAUUUAUGCAUUACCUUCAGUCCUUACGCUUUGUGCCUGCACACCAUCUUUAGAUGAAGUGGUAAAACUCUGGGAUUUCCUUUUCAGCUAUGGUGUGCAUAUGAACAUUAUUCUUGUCGUUGCACAACUUCUACUUAUUCGCUCAGAGUUAUUGACCUCCAAGAACCCAAUGAGUCUGCUAAGACAGUUUCCAGAACUAGAUGCUAGAAAAAUCAUCAAACUAUCUUUAAGCAUCACUAAAAGCAUUCCUGAUGACCUCUACGAUCUUAUAGUGAGGCAUACAUUUGACGAGACAGUAGGUGUACAGAUUGAAAAUUACAAAACAUGA